AUGGGGCCCCCAGGCAAUAGGGGAUCAUGGGGCCCCUGUGUCCUCACCCACGCCCAAAAAAGCCUAUGAAAGUUAGCAGGGGCAUUUCAUGGGGCCCCCUACUGACCCUGGGCCCUCGGACAUAGGAGUCCACAUCUCCAGGCAGAAAUGUGGACACUUGAGCAGGGGCGGACUGACAACUCAUGGGGCCCCCGGGCAAUAGGGGAUCAUGGGGCCCCUGUGUCCUUGCCCAAACUCAAAAAAGCCUAUGAAAAAGGUACCAGGAGCAUCUCAUGGGGCCCCCUACUGACCUGGGGCCCUGGGACAAUGCCCGAGUUUCCAAAUGGUCAGUCCGCCCCUGCA